AUGCACGUUUUCGUCUAUCUUACGUUCGCGAUACUUUCUAUUAGUGUCACUGCUAAGCUGCAUAAAACAGCUGUCUGCGUCACCAACAGAACCAACACGCCAGUUGGCGGUACCCCAUUCAGCCCGAGCUACAACUGGGUUAAGGACUAUGAGAUCCUGCCAGAUGAGACCAAAUGCGCCUGUGAUAGAUACAAAGCUCGCAACACAGGCAACAACCAGUGGGAUCAGUGUCCUGACUGUACCUUUGAUGGUCUUGGUUGUAACUCCGAAGGGUGGCACAUUGGUGGUGACGAAUUUACGUACUAUUGUGAGGAAAAAUGCGGCGCGCAAGGCGCUGAGGCGAAUUAA